UUGCUCAACAGCAGGAAGUGAAGCGAGCAGCUCUGUCUUCUCUCAUGUAGCGCUUCAGUCAUGAAGUCGUUCCCGGUCCUCCUGCUCCUCCUUCUCCUCUCUCCCCGGACUGAAGGACUCAAAACCCGGGACCAGAACUCUUCACAUGUCACGGACGUGGACCUGGUUGUGGACGUGUCCUCUGCGGUCCGCCGGGUGGACCUGCGCUUUCUGUCCGUCACAAUCGAUGCGAGCCUGGCUUCAGAGGAGAAGUUCAUGUACCUGUUGGGCUCUCCAAAGAUAAGGACGCUGGCCCGGGCGUUGACUCCGUCCUUCCUGAGGUUUGGAGGAACCCGACAGGACUUCAUGGUGUUCACUCCUCAGAAGAGUCAUGAGCAGGGUUCAGGUGUCACCGCAGCACUAUCAUGUGAUAAACUGGAGCUGCCCCCGUGGCUGGAGGAGCGUCUGAAGAACGAGUGGACUCAACAACAAGUUCUCCUCAUGAAGGAAGACCUGAGGAGGAAAUACAGAAGAGUUAAAUUCACAGAAAACACCAUCGAUAUGCUGCACUCCUUCACAAACUGCUCGGGAUGGAUCUGAUCUUCGGGCUGAACGCACUGCUCAGAACAGCCGACAACGCCUGGAACAGUAGCAACGCCCGCCAACUGCUGCAGUACUGUGAGUCCAGACGGUACACCAUGUGCUGGGAGCUCGGCAACGAGCCAAACAGCUACGAGAAGAAGGCGGGGAUUCGAGUGGACGGGUUCCAGCUGGGUCAGGAUUUCACCCAUCUCAGGGAGAUGAUGUCACAGUCUGAACUUUACCGCCACGCCGGACUGUUCGGGCCGGACGUCGGUCAGCCCAGAGACCACAGGACGGACAUCAUGCAGGGGUGAGACGUCACACGGCGCCCUUACUGUCAGAGGCUAAAAUACGACUCAAGGAUGGAUAAAAUACUGAGAGAUAAUCUUUUUCACGCCUGUCUGACCUCCCACGGACUGUUCCCCAGUCCAGGUGAUCCAGAACAGAACACCUGGACUGUGGACAACUAGCAGUGUCCCAACAGAGGACGUCAGGCUGCCAGUCGGCUCAUAGAAAGGUCAGAGAUACAGCCGGG